AUGAGUUGUCAUGAGUCGCUCAUGGCAAGACGAAGGAAAAAAUCCAAGGCUGCAGCCCAGGCUAAGUCGAGGGAGAAAGACGGGUCUCCAAUGAUAACGGACAAGUCUCUGCCCGCUCUUCCGCCCAACGCUAUUCCUCCGAACGCCUUCUCUGAUACUCGCGUUGACCCUGAUUCUGACACUCCCACCGAGCUGUCCCCUCGACCACGCCCUGCCUACAACAGGAAUGAUUCCUCGUCCAAGAACAGUAGCCGGCCCUCGCGCUCUCCGGAGCGCACUUCAGAGAAGGAAGGUCUGUCGUUGCCAGCCUCAAACUAUCGCAAUAACCGCAACUCGACGAUUGUUGCUCCAAACAACAACAGCAUAGAUUCGAACGGCGGUGAUGAUGGCUUCUUCAUCCCGGUUGCUCUUGAUCCCUCGCCAAUAUCAAAUACCCCCCGGUCAACAUCAGAGAACUUGAUGGGCCCCUCCAAGAAGCAAGACAAGGACUACUUCAGCAGCGUGCCCAGAGCCAGUACGGACAAAAAGAACGACUCUUCGGCCUCGACGCCGCAUAUUGCAUUCCAAGAAAAGGGCCGCCAGCCUUCGUCUGACUUCGAUGCCGGAUCGGUCAAGUUGCCACUCCGCAGAACAUCCAAGUCGUCAAGAAAUGAUUCGCGGUUGUCCACCAGCAACGACGAGAAGACGCAAAAGGUUACUGCCGGCAAGCUCUCGCCAUCCAUUGACGAGUUCAAGUUACAGGAUGCCCCCAAGAGCAAGAAGCUGGUCAGCCCAAGGAGCGUAUCCCACUCGGCCGCCAUGACCCCUGAGAGUGGAAGUGCCAAGAGUAGUGACGGUGUUCUGCACAAGGACAAGGAGCCGUUCCCAAGCUUAUCUUCGUCCGAUUCACCUCCCCGCAUGGGCAACGGAACCCCUCGAUCGUCCCAAGAUUCGAGGCAACGCGAGGAGGGCGACGUGCGUCCCUCGAUGGACUCCAUUUCCUCCUCACGAACAGACUUAACAGCCAAGUCCAUCGCCAGAAAAGAACUGCCUCCACGCAAUGCCAACGGCAAGCCUACUGGUGGCUCUUUUGGGCGAUCCAACACGCAUGAUGAGACAAGCUCAUCGGGCCUCUCCGCACCCGCGCGCCCUAACAUGACUGAGCACAAACUCAGUGACACAUACAUGCAGCCUCGGGCCCCUCCGCAACCACCUGGCCUGCCUGCGAACAUCCCCAAACCUCCCGCAAAGGAUCAGGCGAACGCGUCUGGUGAAGAGAAGAUUUCACCUAAGCUACCGAGAUGGAGCUCAGGUGGCGAUUUCAGUAUGGACGAGGACAUGGCUAGGAUCCUGGGCACUGACGAAAACUCAUCAUCGAUACUUCGUCGUGUGUCGAACGCCGUUCGUCACGGUCGCACCAACAGCACUGAAUCCAGCCACCCUCAACUGCCUCAGCACCCUCACAGAGUCACUGGCCACACGAGGAGUAUUAGCGAAACCACCCGUGGCACUGCCUCCCCUCGUUGGCCGAAGACACCCAUCGUUGAGGAUCCCAGCAGCCACGAUAUCAGCAGUCCCAUCUCGCUGCAUUCGAGCGACGAUCCGGCUUUCCUUAAGCGGCAGCUGCGCAACUCAGAGAACCGCGUGGCCGAGCUAGAGCGGCAAUUCUCCACUGAGAAGGACCUCAAGCGCUUGAACAAGACUCUGAUCGAAAAGCGCAAGACGGUCUCGGUGCUGGACACCCAGACUGAGAUUAUGAUUAGGCAGUUGGAGGUUUUGGCCGGAUACGUUGAACGCGCGAAGGAAACCAAUACGCCCAUUGACCCCCGUGAACUUGAGGACUCCGCAAUCAAGGAGUUUGUGCAGAAGCUUGAUAAGGUCAAGCAGACGAUGAGCGCCGUUAUCGAACAGCUUCAUGCUGAACGUGACGAGUUGAUGGACGAGAAGAACCAGGCCAUGGCUGACAGAGAUCGCGCUCUCCUCGAGUUUGAGCAGCUUUCAUCCAAGAACGCUCAGCUCGCCGAUAUGAACAACGAUCUCACCCACCAGAUCCAAGAACGCUUCAAGUCUCAGAUCGGAGGUGAGCUCAAAUCGCCCAAUGGCCUCGGUAUCUACAGUCAGAGCAAGGUUUUCUCUUCAUCCCAACUCAACUUGGCGGAUUCUGCUAGCAUGACCACCACGCUUGUACAUGAGGCGGAUGAACCAGUCGUAGAAGCCCGACCGACAGUUGUGGAUAUUCGUAAGGGACAGGUCAAGAAGUUCAACUGGAAGAAGGGUGGCAAGAGCAUGGCGCAGAACGUGGCCAAGGGUGUGAACCGAGCCGUCGUCGCAUUCCAGCAGGAUCGUGAACGAGGUGUACACCAACAAGGUCUCACCGGCGACAACAUUGGACUGCCUUACAACAUGACGGUAUCCCAAGUCGAGGCCCCCAGCACUCAACUUCCCGCAGCCAACGCACCAAAGGGUAACGCGCAACAAGCGGCUGACCGCCAAGGAUUUGGCUUCUUCGGAAAGAAGAACGUGGGCAAGUCUACGUCCACGACGAACGUCGCAGCCCCCGCUGUAGCAGAGGCACCCUCGACUCUUUUCGGCUCAGACCUUGUCGAAAGAGCUGAUUACGAGCGCCGCACUAUUCCCAGUGUUGUGACUCGCUGCAUUGAAGAAGUUGAGCUCCGCGGUAUGGAUGUUGAGGGCAUCUACAGAAAGACGGGUGGCAAUUCUCAGGUGAAGAUGAUCCAAGAGGGCUUCGACAAGAGCGAGGACUAUGAUAUAUCGGACCCCGGGCUUGACAUCACAGCAGUGACGAGUGUACUCAAGCAAUAUUUCAGAAAACUUCCGACUCCGCUGCUCACGUACGAUGUGUACGACAAGGUUCUCGAGUCGAACGCACUCACAGACCAGACCGAACGCUGCGAUCAUCUUCGCAGUGUUUUCAGCGGGAUGCCCCAGCGCCACCGUGACUGUCUGGAGUUCCUCAUGUUCCAUCUCGCUCGAGUGGCCCAGCGAGAGCCAGAGAACCUGAUGUCUCCCAAAAACCUGGCUGUCGUCUUCGCUCCAACAAUUAUGAGAGAUACUAGCCUGGAACGAGAAAUGACGGACAUGCACGCCAAGAAUCUGGCAGUGCAAUUCGUCAUUGAGAACACCCAUGCCAUCUUCAUUGAUUAA